CUCAACACAUAUAAAUUUCGGAGCAGUUAAGGAAUAGGCAAAAUUUCCAACACGCUCAAGAUCUGCUCUUGGAGUAUAUUGUAACGUAAGAAGAUGAUGGCUGAAGAUCUCGGUGUUGUGGAGGAGGCAGCGGUCCGGGAGGUAGUCAAUCUCCUGCCAUUAACGGAGCUCCUGCAGUCGGCUUCAUCGAUCAAAUCUGACUACCAGCAGAAAUGGUAUCUGGACAUUCUUGAGGCGGAUAAAGUACAGCCACCAAAAAACACAGCUGAUGGGAAAUUGUACACACCUGCUCCUGUUGACCUAUUUAGGAUCUUAGGAGAGCAAGUGAAAAUAGUGCGAGACAAUUGUUCUGAUGCCAUGCUUUACAGAACUGCUUUGGCAAUAAAUCAGGUAAUGAUUGACUUUCAAGGAGCUGAAAGAAAGAGAUUACAAGAACCUGCAUUCGAAGUUGGUUUGAAACCAUUAUGUGCAAUGAUCAACAAUAACCUUCUCUGUUAUGAUCUUGCUAAGGAGCUAAGUUCUAGCACCAUUGAAGCUCUUCCAAAGAAUUAUGCUCAGCAGGUCAAUUUUAAGGAUACUUGCAAAGGAUUUCUGGAGGUUGCAAAGGAAGCCGUGCAUCAAGCUGCCAAUGUCAUAUUUGAAGAUCCUGGAGUGCAGCAAUUACUUGUUAAACUAUAUCAGAGUGGAGAUUGGCUGGAUGGGAAAGUUACACAUAUUCUAGUUGCAACAUUUAUCGACUAUUUCUAUGAUGUGAAAAUGUACAUUGAGAAAAGAUCAUUUAGGAGAUUUGUUGAGGCUUGUUUGGAAGAGACAGUAGUUGUUUAUGUGGACCAUAUGCUGAUGCAGAAAAAUUACAUCAAGGAGGAAACAAUUGAAAGAAUGAGGCUAGAUGAAAAAGUUCUCAUGGCUUUCUUCCAGAAGUACAUCAUUGUUUCCAAAGUCAAGAAUAGAUUAAGGGUUCUUGGUGAUUUAAGAGAGCUUGCUUCUUCGGAGAGCCCCAAUUCUUUCACACGCGUUUACACAAACAUUUUGGAGCAUCAACCAGAUUGUCCUCCAGAGGUAGUUGAGAAGAUUCUGGGAUUGCGAGAGGGUAUAUCACGGAAGGUUUCCAAAGCGGUUAUUCAAGAGUGCAAAGAAAUAUAUAAAAGCUCUCUCGUUGAUGACAAUCCUUCAAAGGCGGGUUUCGAUUUUUCCAGAGUGAGGUGCUUGUCACAAUUUAGAGGAGUUUCAAACUUGUAGAGAAGGUCGACUUAAGCCUGAAAUUAUCAGGUUAUAUAACCCAACCCCCUCUGAUUUGUGCUAUGGUAUGUCAAAUGUGUGUUUUGUUCUAUAUCACACGUAAAUAAAUAUUUACUAUGGCUUAUUGGGGAAAUAAUGGACUGUUGAAUGAUGGAGGUAUUGCAUUCCUAUUUCUUAUAGUUAUUAUGCAAGGUAAUUUAGUGAGUUGCCUUUUGUAUAAAGUACAUAUGUGGAAAUGAUGUUCAGAUUCUUUCACAUGUUGAGGAUUUGGAAGAAAAUAUCUAUGUUGUAAAAACCGGACCGGAGAGUGACCCGGCCACAUGACUGGGUCACGGGUCAACCCGGACCCGGUGGGUCAACCCGGUCAACGCCGGAAAACCGGUCAAUGACUAUACGUCUAUGUAAUAAUAGUAAACAUAUAAUUAUAUAUAUAAUUAUAAUAAAAAUUAGUUAUUAUUCAUAAUAAUCAACUUACAAUACUACUCCCUCCGUCCCAUUUUACUUGUCUUACUUUCCUUUUUGGGUUGUCCCAAAAUAAGUGUCUCAUUUCCUUUUUUGGAAAGAAAUAUGUGGUCUACACCAUUUCACUUUAUUAUACUCAAAUCUCAACCACAACUUUUACUUUUUCAAUCACUUCAUUAAUAACCGUGCCGAGUCAAACUAAGACACAUAAAAUGGGACGGAGGUAGUACUUAUUAAGCAUUUAAUACACUCUUAUAAUAUUUCAAUGUAUAUUUUGAUCUUAUAAAAAUAAAUAAUGAUAUUUUAUUUUUAUUGUACAUCUAUAUUAUAAUUUGGCAUGGUGUUCAUUCUUAAAUAAAUAUAUAAAUAUAUUAGAUAGUUUUUCUUUUUAAGGUAUUGAAAUUGCAAUUUUAUUGAUAUAAAAAAUGCAUUAAAAAUAAAAAAGAAAUUACUUUUUUUGGUAAAAACACCCAAAAACUGGGUUUUACCGGGUUUUUCGGGUUUCUUGGGUCCAAGUCUUGACUGGGUUUUCCCGGGUCAGCCGAGUUUUUCCGGUUUUUGACCAUUUCCGGGUUUUGAAAAAACCGAACUGGUUUUUUGUCCAGGUCACCGGGUUUCGGGUCAACCCGGCCGGGUCGGGUCGGUUUUUUAAACAUAGGAAAAUAUUAGUACCGACUACUGAUUAAUACGGAGUAGUAUUCAAAAAACAUGUAUCGUAACUUUUAUUUUAGGGGGAACUUGACUUUGCACCCCACUUUUUGGAUGAAAUUAGACUUUGCAACCCAUUUAAAAAAAAUUUGGAUUUUGCACCUCAUUUCACUUCAAAAUCCUUUGACUUUGCACCCCAUUUACAAAUCUUCCUUCACAAAUUUUAUAUGAUAGGGUGCAAAGUCAAAUGUUUUUGAAAAUGGGAUGCAAAGUCCAAUAUCAUCCAAAAAGUGGGGUGGAAAGUCAAACCCCCCUUUAUUUUAUUGUGUGCCACAAGCCUAAAGUUGCAGCUAUAUAUUAUUAUAUGUGAAGUACUGAAUUGUGCAUUUAAAACUUUUAUAUACUUUUAAUGGCAUCGAAACAAUGGCCUCAAUAUUAGGAUGUUUUUACUUGGACUGUAAUUUGCUGGUCUGGUCUGGUCUGGUCUGAUCUGGUCUGGUCUGAACUGGUCUGGUCUGGUCUGGUAAGGUCUGGUUUCUUUGUAUUUUUAUAACUAUCCAAGUCUGGUCUGGUCUGGUCUGAACUGGUCUGGUCUGGUCUGGACUGGUCUGGUCUGGUCUGGUCUGGGGCAAAUUACAGUCCAAGUAAAAACAUCCUUACUUGUGGAGUUUGUGUAUACAAAAAUAUGACUAAGUUUGAUGUUGACAAAAAUGUGACCAUUUAUUCUUUUGACCGUUCCAUUUCCCAAGCCGUCUCUUCUCUGCUUCGUAUCUCCAUACGCGAUACUCCACACAUUGGGCUUUUCAUCUUCGAUGCCUCACCAAUCGCCUGAGCCGCCGGUCAUCUGAGCAGUGCCGCCGCCCGCCAGACGUAUGUUCAUCAUCGCCGACUCCAAUUGUCACCACAUCGUCUCCGCCAUUCAUCUGCCAAUCUGCUUCGAUUGGAUCUGCUUCAGCCGCGAACCGCCAUCUUGUGGUCAUGCUUCUGCGUAGGCGAUUGCUAGCGGCGGCGGCUCAAAAAUUGGGGUUGGGGAUGGGGGCCUAAGCAGAGAUGGAUCCAGGAUUCUGAGUCAAGGGGGCGAAAUUUUUCGUUAGUGUAUGGUGUGAAUUUUUUUUUGUUAGUGUAGCGGGGUGAAAUUUUAUUCCCUAGUAUAGCGGGGCGAAAUUUUUUCGCUACUGUAGGGCUAUGUGACUAUUUUUAUUCAAAAAAUGACAUUAAUACAUGCACAUCCCGAACGACAUUUAAAUCUAUUACAUUCUCAGUUUAGACGAUGACAAAGACAUCAACCAAUACAUUUUUAAUAACUUCUACAUUGUUUAACCUCAUGAAUCGGUUAUUGAAUUGUAAUUUUUGUCCACCAAAGAGGGUGUUCGUGAGUCAUGACUCAUGAGAAGUUUUCUUAAUAUUACAAUAGUAGUAUACUAGUAUGUAUGAGAUUGUUAUUUUUAGAAUAAUAUGCACCACAUACACACACACACAUAUAUGGUGCAUAUUAUAUUUUAGUAUUUUUAUUAAUUCUAUAAUAAUUUAGAGUUUAUUAUCCAUGCAAUAAAUUGUUUUUAGAAAGCUAGAAGUAAAUGAAUUAUGUAAUCUAAUGUCUAUAAAUAUUUAUAUUUUGGAUUCAUUUCACGUGAUCUAAAAACUGUGUAAUUAGUGUGUCUGGUAUUUAAUAUUGUUUGAUAUAUGUUUUACGAAAUCCAGUACUGAUUAUCUAAUAAAGAUAAUUAAACAUUACAAAACUAGUAAUUUCUAUAUAAUAAGUAUCCUAAAUCUUAAAUAACGAGUUACUCUAUUGUCUAUUUGUUUAAGUUAUGUGAAUUAUUUUAGAUGUUUCUCCUUUUAAAUCUCCAAUUAAGUAUUACAUUAUGUAAGACUAUAUAUAUUAAUUUUGAAAAUUAAAAGCUAAGGGGGGCGAAUCUAAUUAAAUUAUGAAAGUUUUAUGAAAAUAUUACAUAUAUGGUAAAAAAAUUGAAUGUCCAUGGAGGGCGGCCGCCCCCCUAAAUCCAUCCCUGGGCCUAAGGCUGUUGGCUAUUGGUUGGACGGCGGCCAGGUUACAACGAUGGUGGUGAGCUACAGAUUGGGGCUAGGGUUGGGAGUGACGAUUGGGAGCUCAAGCUGAAUGGAGGUGGUGUUGACCGACGGCGCUGGAUUCUCUGGUGGUGUUGACUGGCGGCGAGGUAAGGUCGGUGAUCUGGCAGCUAGUCGAUUGAGGUGUUACGGAUGGGGUUUGAAAGCUAAACAUCAAUUACGCAGUGGAUGGGCUUGGGAGGGGGCUGGGGAGGGAGAUUGAUGAUGUGGUGGUGAUCGGAGUACAUUCCGGCAGGCAGCGUCACUAUGAUGUGUCACUGUGGCCGGCGGUGGUCUUUGGCCGGAGGAUGUCACUAUGUUCGUGUCAUUGUACGUGUCACAGUGGCAGUGGUGGCAAUGUCACUACGGUCGGCGGCAGCAAUGACACGUGUGGCGGCGGCGACAGUGACACGCGUGGCAGCAGCGAUAGUGACACGCGUAACAGCGGCAGUGACAUCUGAUUGUGACAUGGAAGUGGUGCAGUGACAUGAAUAAUCAUCUUAGUCACAUAUUUGUCUAAAUUUAAAUGUAAUAUUCAAAAAAAAAACCCUGCCAAGAUUCUUUGGUAACAAGAAUCUUUUACCGAGAUUCUUUGGUAACAAGAAUCUUUAACCCCUAUGUAUGGUUUUGGUCGGUACAGGUCCGGUCUUGAAUCUGAUUUUAAAAAAAUGGUGCA